AUGCCGACGACACCGCUCUCGCUGUCGCGUGCCGGCCAGUGCCUCCUCGACGCCACCUCAUCCUCCGCAAAGCCGUUGCUGCUUCGCCAGUCGCCAUGGCUUCCGCAUCGCACCAGCAGCAGCAGCAGCAACUUCCCGGGCUUUCGGCAGCAGACCCGCGGCUAUAAGCAGGUGCGCCUGCCGGCCGGCCAGCCACCAAUUCCCUCGGCUACCGCUCAGCAGCCCGAAAUCCCACCCUACCCGCUGGGUCCCCGCCAGCUCUACAAGCAGUCCAACACGGGUCUUUACGGCACCGCUCGCAUCCGCUUCGGCAACACCGUCUCGCGCCAGACGGAGAUCAUCAAUCCGCAGAAGAACCGCCGCAAGUGGCGGCCCAAUAUCCAGGAAAAGCGGCUUUGGUCCGCUUCCCUCAGCGCCCCCAUCCGCACUCGCAUCAGCACACGCGUCCUGCGUACCGUGGACAAGGUCGGCGGUCUCGACGAAUACCUGCUCGGCUCUAAGCCUGCCCGCAUCGCUGAGCUCGGGCCCUGGGGCUGGCGUCUGCGCUGGCGCAUUAUACAGACUCCCGCCGUCCAGGAACGCUUCCGCCGCGAUCGCAUCGCCCUCGGUUUGCCGGCCGACGGCCUGCCCGCAGACGAGUUUUUCGACGAUACCGAAGAUGCUUCCCUGACUGCCGCAGAGAACGAGGCGCCCGUCGAUGGCACCGCUGGGCAAGAAACCCAGCGUAUGAUCGAUGCUGAGGAGCUCUUCGAUCUGGCCCCCGACGAUGGUUUUAUGCAGGAAGAGAGCCGUCCCAAGAAGCCAUGA